AUGUCUGAUUUCUGGACCGAUGAGCACUAUCAGGAUGUCCUUCUCGCCGCUGACAGCGUCCGAGCAGGCGGUCAUGGGUCAUCAUUCGCUUUCGGCCCUUGGGAGCGAAUGCAUCUGGCCAUCGAUAAGGGCGGGGAUGCACCACAUUACGAGUAUGAUGUUUUCAAUUUUAAAGGCGUAGGUCAGCAAUCCGCCCCUCCUGCGACUAGGAUUCAAGAACACAAUGCCAUUAUCCAUGACGUCGAACCCUCGGCAGUGAGCUAUACCUUACUCUCCCGGUACACACCCAACCCAGAACUGCGUACCUGGGACAUUGCCGAAUUUAGUCAGCUCGGCGGUCCCCACCCCUUAUCAGGACUGUGGAGUGGUCUGUGCGACUGCGAUCAACCGGAAUGCGUGCUCCAAAGUGUCCCAACAGAGCUAGCGAGAGAAUUGGUAAACUCAAUAAACACGGAUACAUUGCACGACACUGAACUUUGCGAGCCCCGACCUGCUGGCCACCAUCGCUCCCUUUUCACUAAAUUACCCUGGGAGAAAGCCGACAUUAUCGUGACCAAACCAGAUGGGACGUUCUAUACCGAAUCAGGCGUCAUCUUUUCGACAGUGGGGUAUCGAGAUGAUCCGGAGAAUGCUGCAAGAGACAAUGCUGCCGACGUGCAUGACGUCUCUCCAGAUGACGUAUACGCCACCACCCUCGCUCGAUACACACCCUACCCAGCCUUACGUUCAUGGUACAUAGAAACAUUCUCCCUGUACGAGCGAGGGCAGGGUGCGGAGGAGGUGGCGAGGAGCAGGCUUUGUGAUUGUCCUAAUCCGAGGUGUACGCUGGCGGAUGUGCCGUCUGAAAUUGCUGAAUCGCUGCAUACGGCAAUCGAGACUGGUGAUUGA